AUGCGGAAGUGUGACUUCGAUUUUUUGGUUGCUGCCAUCGGACCAAAAAUCCAGAAACAAAAUACCCAUUUACGUCGCCCAAUAUCUGUGCAAGAGCGGCUUAUGAUAACCUUACGAUAUCUUGCAACUGGUGAGGAUUAUACAAAGUUGCAGUAUUUGUUUCGCGUGUCAAAGCAGUCUAUUUCCACCAUAGUUCCGGAGGUGUGCAAAUACCUGAACGAGGCGCUGCAGGACUACAUGAAGUUACCAUCAUCUAAGGACGAAUGGCUAGCUAUAUCGCGAGAGUUUGAGCGAAAGAGAGGCUUUCCUCACGCUAUAGGAGCAAUUGAUGGGAAGCAUGUGCGGAUUCAAGCACCCAAUAACGGUGGUAGUGAUUAUUACAACUACAAAAAUUUUCACAGCAUCGUUCUUUUGGCUAUCGUCGAUGCUAAUUAUAACUUUUUGUAUAUUGACGUUGGUGCCAAAGGGUCUGUAUCCGAUGGUGGUGUUUUUCGGAAUUCGAGAAUUCACGAGAAGUUUGAGAAAGGUGAAUUGAAUUUGCCCGAACCGGAGAUUUUGCGAUGCCCGUACUCCCUAAAUCCCUAA